AUAACUGCGCGCUCACAGCUUCAGACGGUCGCCGCCGCGUCUGCGCAUGGGAAGCUGGUUGCCUCUGCAGCCGCCUGGAAUUGUGGGGGUUGUGUCUGCCCCUCGGCUGCCGGGCGGGAAGCCGAAGUGUGAUUGGUGCCCCAGGGAACCUGGUUGCUGGGGAAAGCUCAUGUGGCACUCAGCCGUUCCAUUUUGUCGACGAAAAAAGGGGAGAAGCUGGCAGAAAGCAAAGGCUUUUGCUGCUGGGUCUAUAACUAUGGCUCCCCAGGGCCUGCCCCCUUCUAGGAUGGCUCUUCUGGAAAUGCUGCUUGGGCUACUGAUGGCUUCCUGCUUCACCUUCUGCCUCAGUCAUCAGAACCCGGAGUUUGCGCUCACCAGCCCAGGGAAGAGCAGGACCAAAGAAGUGGAGAGAAAGGAAACCACAGCAGAAGAGGAGCUGGACUCCGAGAUCCUGGAGGUGUUUCAUCCGACGCAUGAGUGGCAGGCCCUUCGGCCAGGGCAGGGUGUCCCUGCAGGAUCCCAUGUGCGGUUGAAUCUCCAGACUGGGGCAAGAGAAGUGAAACUCCAAGAAGAGGACAAGUUCAGAAGUAAUUUGAAAGGGUUGAAAAAAGGCAGAAGGCUGGACAUCAACACUAACACCUACACGUCACAGGACCUCAAGAGUGCACUGGCAAAAUUCAAGGAGGGGGCAGAAGUGGAGAGUUCAAAGGAAGACAAGGCAAGGCAGGCCAAGGUUAAACGACUCUUUCGUCCCAUCGAAGAGCUAAAGAAGGACUUUGAAGAGCUGAAUGUUGUCAUUGAGACCGACAUGCAGAUCAUGGUACGGCUGAUCAACAAGUUCAAUAGUUCCAGCUCCAGCCUGGAAGAGAAGAUUGCUGCACUCUUUGAUCUCGAAUAUUAUGUCCAUCAGAUGGAUAAUGCACAGGACCUGCUUUCCUUUGGUGGCCUUCAAGUGGUGAUCAACGGGCUGAACAGCACGGAACCCCUAGUGAAGGAGUAUGCUGCGUUUGUGCUGGGGGCUGCCUUUUCCAGCUGGGCUUUCGAUGGCCCACUGGAGGGCAGUUACAGUGACGGCAUGGUAUGGCGCCAGAGCUUUUGGAAGCCAAAGGCAGGCUCCCUAAACAUCAUGAAAAUCAACCCAAAGGUCCAAGUAGAGGCCAUUGAGGGGGGAGCCCUGCAGAAGCUGCUGGUCAUCCUGGCUACGGAGCAGCCUCUCCCUGCAAAGAAGAAGGUCCUGUUUGCACUGUGCUCCCUACUGCGACACUUCCCCUACGCCCAGCAGCAGUUCCUGAAACUGGGGGGGCUGCAGGUCCUGAGGAGCCUGGUGCAGGCAAAGGGCACCGAGGUGCUGGCUGUGCGCGUGGUCACUCUGCUGUAUGACCUGGUCACUGAAAAGAUGUUCGCUGAGGAGGAGGCCGAGCUGACCCGGGAAGCGUCCCCGGAGAAGCUGCAGCAGUACCGCCAGGUCCACCUCCUGCCGAGCCUGAGGGAACAGGGCUGGUGCGAGAUCACCGCCCGCCUCCUGGCUCUCCCCGAGCAUGAUGCCCGAGAAAAGGUGCUGCAGACGCUGGGCGCCCUCCUGGCCACGUGCCGGAACCGCUACCGUCAGGACCCGCAGCUCAGCAGGACGCUGGUCAGCCUGCAGGCUGAGUACCAGGCUCUGGCCACACUGGAGCUCCAAGACGGCGAGGAUGAGGGAUACUUCCGGGAACUGCUGGGCUCCAUCGACAGCUUGCUGAAGGAGCUGAGAUGAGGCUGCUCCCUGACACCGGGACUGGACUGGGACGUUCGUGAGGUUGACAGGCACCAGCUUGGGUGGGCUCUUCAGGGGACACCAGCCAGGAGGGAGGACUUCCCUACUGGGGCCUGGGCAUCAUCUGAGCAGUGCUGGCUUGGCCAUUAAAUGGAGGCAUGAGGGCCA